AUGGAAGAGCAAAAAGCCACCGCAAACGGCCGCUUCCAUACCCCGUUGGAACAACGUAUCCCCCUACCAAAGGUUGCACCUGCAGCAUCACUGGCUCUUCCGGGGGAUGCUAUUUACGCCCCGGAACAAAAUACGCUCAGAGGUCAUGGAAUAUUCUGGACACCUAGUGACGAAUCAAAAGUAUUGCGGGCAACCUUGGCAGGCACGGUCGAACGCAUCAACAAACUGGUCACCAUUCGGUCCUGGCGAGGGCGUUAUGUUCCCAACGUUGGUGACGUUGUCGUUGGUCGAAUCGCUCAGGUGCUGCCGGCCUCGCGUCGGUGGAAAGUAGAUAUCCAAGCACGACAAGAUGCGGUGCUCACGCUCUUCGCGAUCCGUUUACCGGGAGCGGUGCAACGCCGCCGCACCAGGGAGGACGAACUUAAUAUGCGGGCUUUUUACGCCGAAACCGAUCUCAUCGCUGCUGAGGUUCAGGAAAUCAAAGCAGACGGCUCCAUUAUGCUGCAUACGCGCCUCGAGGAUAAGUUCGGUCGCCUCAGCCAGUUCGGCGUCUUCGUGUCCGUUCCGCCUGGACUGAUUCGCCGCACUGGUCGAGCAUUUGCCAGCCUCGGUUAUCCGCAUCUUUGGGUUGUACUUGGUGUCAAUGGUUACAUCUGGAUUUAUUGGAAUCCUGAGGAAACAGACCGCGCUGGUGCGGUAGCAGAUGAAGCGGAGCCCACGUCGACGUCGCUGCUGACGACGGGCGACGCCGAGGCGCUCUGUCGAGCGCGGAAUGCCGUGCUUGUGCUGAGCAUGCUCUCACUGAAUGUUUCGAUCGAAAGCAUUCGAUAUGUUUUCGCAGCUGGUGCAGUCACUGAUCCAGCUGCGAUGCUCGAACCUCGUUUUCUUCAAGCCAUGCAAAAGAUGCUUGGCGAAUAG